AAACUAGAGAGGAAAAAGUUUUCGUAUAUUUUUCGGUAGGCAGAAAAUGGACCCGGAUGCGUUUACUGGGAGUUUCUUCAAGUGGGAUCCACGAGCAGUGGUGGCGCCGACGCCGGCGCGGCUGAUGGAUGCGGUAGCGCCACAAGCACAGGCCGCGGCUAUUGUGUCCGCUUACGCUUCGAGACCGAGGGAGCUGGGGGGAAUAGAGGAGUUGUUUCAGGCGUAUGGGAUAAGGUACUACACUGCAGCGAAAAUAGCAGAGCUAGGGUUUACUGUGAGUACCCUGUUGGGGAUGAAGGAGGAGGAGCUGGAUGAGAUGAUGAAUAGCGUGUCGCAUAUAUUCAGGUGGGAGCUGUUGGUCGGUGAGAGAUAUGGUAUUAAGGCUGCUGUUAGAGCGGAGAGACGGAGGCUCGAGGAGGAGGAUUUGCGCCGUCGACACUUGGCAGGUGACACCACCAACGCUCUUGAUGCGCUCUCUCAAGAAGGGUUAUCAGAGGAGCCGGUGCAGCAAGAGAAGGAAGCAGCGGGGAGCGGAGGAGGGGGAACAUGGGAAGUGGCGGCAGCUGGUGGGAGGAAGAAGCAGCGGCGAAAAAAGGGGCAGAAGAAGGUAGUGGAAGUCGACCAAGACGACGAAAAUGACGGUGCUGAUGAUGAUGAAAAUGGUGAUGGCAUCUACGAGAGGCAGCGUGAGCAUCCCUUUAUCGUCACAGAGCCUGGGGAGGUGGCGCGCGGCAAAAAGAACGGCCUUGAUUACCUCUUCCACCUCUAUGAGCAGUGCCGCGACUUCUUGAUCCAAGUCCAAAACAUUGCCAAGGAGCGCGGUGAAAAAUGCCCAACAAAGGUAACGAACCAAGUUUUUAGGUACGCAAAGAGGGCCGGAGCGAGCUACAUAAACAAGCCGAAGAUGCGCCAUUACGUGCACUGCUACGCGCUGCACUGUCUGGACGAGGAGGCGUCGAAUGCUCUGCGGCGGGCGUUUAAGGAGAGAGGGGAGAAUGUGGGGGCGUGGAGGCAGGCGUGCUAUAAGCCACUCGUGGCCAUAGCAGCUCGACAAGGAUGGGACAUUGAUGCCAUUUUUAAUGCACAUCCUCGCCUAGCCAUUUGGUAUGUACCCACCAAGCUUAGGCAGCUCUGCCAUGCUGAGCGUAACAGUGCUGCUGCUGCAGCUUCAAGUUCAGUCACUGGUGGCGGCGGGGAGCACCUGCCGUUCUAGCCAGAGAUUUGAUCAUGCUCUGCUCGCGGUUUGCUUGUAGUUGGGGAGAGAAAAACUAGGUAAGAGGUGAGGUUGUACCGAGUAGUGUUUUAUAUAAUGUACGGAUUAUUUGGUAUGUAUAAGUUAACGUGGGAGAUCUUAAUUAAUCAAAGAGCUCGUUCCAU